AUGUCUCUCAUCACGGAGGACUCGGCAGUCGAGCUGGGAACCAUUAUUCUACGGCUUCGAGAAGCGUCCAAGAUCCCUGCCAAACGGCGAACCACCAAUGCCAAGGCCCUUGUCCAAGAUCUGACUUCCCGGGCUUAUGACCAAGGCGUGCAGCUGGCUGAACUUGAAGAGUUGAUCGACCUGGUCAUACGACCGAAUCAUCUCGACCAGGCGAGCCUUGCUGCCAUUGUCAGGAAUCUGUACCCUUCGAUAAAGGUACCCGACGAUGUGGUCCUCAAAGUCGUCGGCAGCUUGGGCCUCGGGCAGCUGAAGCCCUCGUUGACCAUACAGGGGUUGCUUCUCAGAUGGCUUAUCCUGGUAUACCACCUCUUGAGGAAUCAGGCCGUUCUAUCCCAGACCUAUGCUGUCCUCUUCAAUCUUCUGGAUACCGCCGCGGUCAGGCCGCAGAUAUGCCACCUACUCGCCCUGAUCACCCGUCGCAAACAUGUGCGCCCUUUCAGGAUUCAGGCCAUACUGGGUCUCUCGCGUCAGACAGGGACCGAUGCUGCCUUGCUAGGGCUUCUGCGCGUCUAUAAAAACUACUACCCCGAAGUCAUCGUUGGGGAGGCAACUAGGGGCAGAGCGUCACCGUUCAAACAUCCCGAUCCUCAGUGGCGAGAGAGGGUCGAUGAGAUCCAGCUGGCCCAUCUGCAGAGAACUCAGUCUGAAGCUAGCGGCCCCCAAAAUGGCUUCCGUGUCCAGCACAGCCUGCAGAAGACCACAAGGAAAUCGAACAUUCCCAGUGUUCAUACUUCACAUGCGACAGAGACCUCGAUUACACUAGAAGAGAUUGACACCGUGCAAGAUCUCGUGCAAAAGAUCGAGAAGAUCGAAAUGCCAAAUCAGUUGAUCGCGGUUCUUGCAGAUCCUCUGCUUCAAAAGUUGAUGCUCUUGCGACCCGGAGACGAAGGUUACAGGCGAGUAGAGCAUUGGAUCUCAGCGUGUGUCGCAGAUGCUGCGUCUGGAGAUAUUACGAAUGGCGAAUUACUGGACAUGGUCGAAGUACUUCACGACUAUGUCCUCAGCAUCAAGUCAGUAGUCCAGGAGGUGCUCAAAUCUUGGGAUGGCCAGGAUAGGAGAUCAGCGCUGCUCGAGGUGAUGUCCUUCGCACCCAUCUCAGAAUUCUCAACACUUUACGAGACCCUUUUCAAGCCCUUGGAAGGCAGGCUACUCAACAACACUCCAGAAUCGCAGCUUCACCUCCUGGGAUUCUACACAAUGCUUUUGCAUCACUGGACAGUCUUCCUGCUGUCGGAUGAUAUCCCCGCCCAUGCUUCUUCCACCAUACGCGCCCUGCUUGAACACGUAAACAAGCUUUCACUUACAUUACUCCAAACGCUACCAUCGGCUUCGACUCAGCUACAGAUACUGGACUUCUUCGAAAGAGUGACUGCGAUAAUGUCGAGGCCUGAUCUGCUCGCCCACGUACAGAUCACCAUCCCACCGCCACCUCUGGUAUAUAUUCUACAUUUCAGUCAAUCUCUUGCCGUGCUGUCGCGGCUGUGUGGCAUCUUGGCCGUCUAUAAAAAGAACCUAGAGGUUGCAAUGAGCCGUCCGGCGAACCGGCAACUGGGUGCAUAUGAACGAGAGAAUGUCAACACCUUCAACGGCUUUCUGAUGGACAUAUGCAAUUGCCUCUGGCGUGGGCGGGCAUUCGCAGUCUCCGACGCCAACGCGCUUGGGUGUCGAAUCCCUCAAUCGCUGCUACCAUCGUUCACAUCAUACAUGACUGGGCUCGACAGGGAGCUUGUCCUCGGAUCGUCCUUUGGGAUUUCUCACUCUCCAACUCUUUGUCUCCAGUCUAUCUCCCACCUUCGCAGUCUCGAGGACGCCGAGAUCGACAGCACGGGCGGGGAGCUCUACAAACGGCAUGCUGGACCCGUUACGCAGUCGAGCCUUGCGCAGCUCGGCACCGGCGGGGGACUGGAUUUGUCGUGGCAGGCCUAUAGGUCCGGCGUGCUGCAACAUCUAGAAGACAACAGCCUGGAGGGCAUCCCAAACCUGCUCUACAACACUAUGAAGAACCUCAAGAAUUCACGACCGACAUGA